AUGACCGGUGGACAAUUAUCCCAGGACGACCUGGAUCAAAUAUACACUUUCGCAGUGGAUUUAGGGCGGAAAGCUGGUGAGCUUCUUUUGGAAAGAGUCGAGCAGCGAAUCGGCGGCGUUAGUACUCCUCAAACGUUUGAAGAGAAGGACAAUGCGGUGGACAUCGUGACUCAGACCGACGAAGAUAUCGAAGUCUUCAUUCGAAAAGCUAUACAAAGCAAAUAUCCUGCGCACAAAUUUCUCGGUGAAGAAACAUAUGCCAAGGGUGAAUCGCGCGAUUAUUUGAUUGAUGAGCAACCGACCUGGUGCAUUGAUCCCUUGGAUGGAACGGUUAAUUACACACAUCUUUUCCCCAUGUACUGUGUGUCCAUCGGGUUUGUUGUUGAGAAUCGCCCUGUCAUUGGUGUCAUUUAUGCACCAUUCCAAGAUCAGCUCUUCUCCGCCUGUCGCGGACGUGGUGCCUGGCUCAAUGAGACGCGUCGACUCCCUCUCAUUCGAAAUCCAAUUCCUCCAAUGCCACCACACGCCCCGUCCCAGUGUAUCUUUUCCUGUGAAUGGGGCAAGGACCGUCGAGACAUUCCCGAUGGGAACAUGCAUCGCAAGAUUGAAAGCUUUGUCAAUAUGGCAGCGGAGAUUGGUGGAAGAGAUGGCAAGGGUGGCAUGGUGCAUGGAAUCCGAAGCUUGGGUAGUGCCACACUAGACCUGGCAUACACAGCGAUGGGGUCUUUUGAUAUCUGGUGGGAAGGGGGUUGCUGGGAAUGGGACGUGGCCGCUGGUAUUGCCAUUUUGCUUGAAGCUGGUGGACUCGUCACCUCAGCGAACCCUCCAGAUGACCCCAAUACGGCCCCAAUUCCAGAUGUGAGGCUAGGGAGCCGGCUAUACUUGGCGAUCAGACCCGCAGGCCCCUCAGCCACAGAAUCUGGUCGAGAGUCCCAAGAGCGCACAGUUCGAGAAGUCUGGCGGCGGGUCCGUCAUCUGUCAUAUUCUCGACCUGGUGCUUAG